ACUAUUGGAACGAAAGGAAUCAUUCGCGUUCAGUUUGUUGCCAUUGUCACGGCCGAAGGGCCUUCGCAACAAUCUAGUUUGCCUUCGCGUUUUUUAUUUGGAAAAAAUUGUGAUUACAAGUGGUGUACGUGCAGUUUUGUUUUGGACAUUUCGAAAUCUGGAACUCUAGAAGAGUUAUUCCAAAAUAGCUUCUAUUGAGUUUCGAUCGAUCUUUCAUUCUUUAGUCCAGUUCUAAUUCAGGAGAUUAUCGAUUGGGAAAAGCAAAGGCGCAUUAAGACAGACAGCUAUCUUAAAGGAUACUGAAGCGGAAUUGAUAUGGCUGUCACGGUGAAUCAGGUCGUUCCGAUAGCGAUCGGCAUGCUGGUGGUGGUCGCCGGUGCCCUCAUUGCCAAUUUCUUCCUGAACAAGAAGGAUAAAUCAAAAGCCAGCCAGAGUGGUUCGAAGAAAUCGUCCCAACCACGGACGCUGCUCGAUUCCCAGGAGAAGUAUAUGCUCCCGCUGGUGGAGAAGGAGGAAAUUUCCCAUGACACUCGCCGCUUUCGGUUCGGACUUCCUUCGAGCGAUCACAUUCUGGGGCUACCGAUCGGGCAGCAUAUUCAUCUGUCGGCAACGAUCAACGAAGAGCUGGUGAUCCGAGCCUAUACGCCGGUUUCGUGUGAUGAUGAUCAGGGUUACGUGGAUCUGGUUAUCAAGGUGUACAAAAAGGGAGUCCAUCCGAAGUUCCCAGAGGGAGGCAAAAUGUCCCAACAUCUGGAGAGUUUAGCCAUUGGGGAUAAGAUAGCGUUCCGAGGCCCAUCCGGCCGAUUGCAGUACCUGGCCAAUGGGAAGUUUUCGAUCAAGAAGCUGCGCAAAGAUCCAGCUCAGAUUUACGAGGCUGAUAAAGUUAGCUUGAUUGCUGGUGGAACUGGAAUAACUCCAAUGUUGCAGUUGAUUCGUGAAAUUUUGAAGCACGCUGAUACCGACAAAACUCAACUGUCGCUUAUUUUUGCUAAUCAGACUGAAGAAGACAUUCUCCUAAAGCCAGAGUUGGAUGAUUUGGCCGCUCGAUAUACGGACCGGUUCAAGCUGUGGUAUACUCUAGAUCGUCCUGGCGCUGACUGGAAGCAAGGCAAAGGAUUCAUUACGGAUGAAAUGAUUAAAGAGCAUCUUUUCGAACCGUCUCCCUCGACGCUGGUUCUAAUGUGUGGACCUCCUCCAAUGGUUAAUUAUGCGUGUAUUCCGGCGCUAGAAAAACUUGGUUACCAGAUGGAUCGAACUUUCGCCUACUAAAUUCAUACUACCUACUGCCUUAGUUGCAAUUUGUUCACGACAACCAUCUAAAAGACAUUGUUCAUUACCAAGUCUUUAAAAUUAAGAACAUCGAGAACUAACCCAGAUGUCACUGUACGUGAAGUGAAAGCCUAUUACUUUAGUAGUAAUGCAACUACAAGCAUGAAUCACUUCAUGUAAGGGGGGCGAGUACGUUAAAGUUGUUGCAUUUUUCACUAUUAACCCUUAUUUAUCAAACACACGCCCUUAGUAACCAUCCCGCAAAAUUGUAGAAACUCAUUGUUGUCACUGUCGCGCAAGAUUUCCCCUAACACUUAGCGUUGUUUGCCGUCGCCUGGCCUUAAAGUGUCGAAAUCCUGAACAAGCAAGCCGUUAGUCCACAAAGACAGCGCAAUUGACUGCGGUUUCUUUCGUCAAUAUAUAUUAAGCAGCGAAAGCCUUUAAAAACUGAGAAAAAAACAGCUAAUUUAAUUCUGAUGGGACUAAUGAAUAAGAUUGAUUAGAAACGAAUGGAUACUAAGAUGAUGUUGUGUAAUUGUGUAAUGAUAUUAAUAUAAUUCCUAGCGAAAAGAUAUUACCGUCCGUAGUGGGGCGCUACUAAUCGCUGUCUAAGACAAUGAAUUAACUUAAACUAGUGAACCAAGUUGGGGGAAGUGUUUAGUAGAAAGCACGUUCUCCCAAGAAAAUAAAUAAGUACAUACGUUAUAAUGAAAGUUUUCACGAUGCU